AUGGUAUCGACCGAGAGGUCAUUACCGCCGACAUCUGUCGGUACCUUGGAAACGAUGCUCUCGUACGGCCUGAACCCGAACACUCGGCAAAUACAACAAGGCUACUUCAUUACUGCGUACCGGAAUUUAACGACCGCUAUGAUCGCGGAUCUUAAAGCUGAUUCCGACAGAUGGGAAGCCGAGCGGCGAUCAACCCAGUCAAGAGGACAGCCGUCAAAUGUGGAGUACCGGGCUUCUACAACACAUCAGUCCCGACAGUACUAUGGACCCACUGAAGCUGCCACAGGAAUGUCUACUCCAGGAUAUGCACCGGCGGCUUCCUCUGGAAACGUGGCCCAACAGGGAGUAUAUGAUUAUCCACAAUCAGGAAGCUAUGCCCCGCCGGUUUCCAGUGGAUAUGCCGCUCCAUCAACAUAUUCCCAACAGGAUAACAAUUAUUAUGUUGCCGGAGCCAAUAUGGGCGCCAUCCAGGAGCAGCAGCCUGAUCCACGUUUGGGUGGACGUGUCCCUGUGUCCCAGCCAGGAACAAUUCCAAGAACAGGCCAGCAAUAUGGCGCAACUCCUGCAUAUGCCCAAAGAGAAGCCAAUCCUUACUACUCCCCCCAACCGCCCGCCACUUCAGUUUCAUCUUCUCAGUAUCCCUCCAAUCCAUCGGAUCCCUACUAUGGUCGUGUCCCUCCGGUAACAGGCACCUAUGAUUCCCAGGAUUAUGAUGGUCGUCCAUACCAAGACAAUGGACCCUACAGCCAAGCCCAAAUGACUCAAAAUACCACAGCCACAUCAGGACCAUCCAGCAGGCCACGUGAACGUGAGAGAGACUCAGACCGGGAAAGACGUCAUCGCCACCGUUAG